AUGUUGGAGUCAAUUCUCCUAAUCGGCGCAAUCGGUGUAGGUAGCUUUGGCGAUUAUGUUGCCCAUGAGCUCAUCAAAGACUCAACCCAUUUCACUCGCAUUGCUUUCUUCAACAACACCGAAAGGCCAACAGAUGAGGCCAAAAAGGCCCGGAUCCAAGAGCUGAAAGCACAAGGAUUUGAAGUCAUCGAGGCAGCCGACUAUAGUUCUUCAAAGGCCUACGAAGGCUUCGACUGCGUGCUGAGCUUUCUGGGAAAUCAUGGACUAUACCUCCAGCCUACCAUCAUCGACGCGGCCAUUGAAGCCGGAGUCCGCCACUUCUAUCCUAGCGAGUACGGCGCCGACAUCACCGAGGGACAGAAUUGGACCCAGCGCUACUAUAAGUACAAAGUCCAGACGCGCGAACAUCUUGACGCAAGAGCUCGCGACACCCCUGAUUUAGGAUGGACAUACUAUCUGCUUGGCCGGUUGACGGAAUGGUCCGUCAUCUCACACUUUGGCUUUGACAAUAAAAACGCAAAAGCGAAGAUCUACGGCACGGCAAUGGGGAGACAGAGCUUGAUCAGCGCCGAGGACAGCGCACGAUAUCUCGUCGAGACUUUGAAAGAACCACUUUCGCCCGAGGCCAAGGGAAAUCGAAGAACAUAUCGCAUUUCAGGGAGCAACCCUACGUACGCGGAGAUAUUCGAGAUCCUCGAGCGAGUCACGGGCAGAAGGUACGACGUCACUUACCUGGAUGUCGAGAGCGCACAGCAAGAAGAAGCACAAGCAAAGGCCUCUGGCGACGUCGAUGCAGAGCUGGCGGCAAGCCAUAAGUUGAUCCAGGGGAGGGAAGGUACUCUGCUGCCACAGCCCUGGGACAAUGAUCGCUUCCCAUCGAUCCAUCCCAAGGGUGUUGAGGAGACUCUCCGAGAGGCUUUUGGAUCUGAGGGCGCAAAAAAGGUGUAUGGCCUGGAGUGA